GACUUGGAUCUUCCAACAACUUCUACACAGUUUUACUCUCUGAUUUCCUCUCCACACCAAUUUCCUUGGAUCCAACCCAGUUUCCCUUUUUCUCUAUUAAGGGCUUGUGGUAUGGCUGUCUACUGAAUCAUCCUGAUGGCCUGCAAUGGUGCAAGAGAGCCUUUGCUAACUAGAGUAGCAGAUUGUACACCUGCUAAUAAUAAUAGUAAUAGAUGUGGUCCCAACAGGAGAAGAAUUCGCCGAGUAAGAAGUGCUCCUCUGGCAGAAUUUGUUCCUAAAGAUAUUAAUGGUGAUGCUCCACUUCCACGUUCUCCAUCCAUUUUUGGUAACCUGCAUCCAAGUUUCAGGAAGGUAGCCAUAUUCUUGACUGUCUACUUAGGUGUAGGUACACUAUGCUUUUACAUUGUUCGUAACCAGAUAUCAGGAAAGAAAACAAAUGGAAUUCUCGAUGCUGCAUACUUCUGUGUUGUGACAAUGACAACUGUAGGAUAUGGAGACCUCGUUCCCAAUAGUGUCCUUGCUAAACUACUGGCCUGCUCUUUUGUCUUCAUGGGAAUGGCUUUAGUUGGACUUGUUCUGAGCAAAGCAGCAGACUAUUUAGUAGAAAAGCAAGAAACUAUGCUGGUUAAAGCCUUGCAUAAGCAUAAAAGAGUUGGACAAACAGAGAUAAUAAAGGAGGCUGAAACCCACAGAGUAAGAUACAAGCUUUACACAGUCUCCUUCCUUCUUGUUGUGCUUAUAUCAUCCGGGACUAUCUUCCUAGCCACAGUUGAGAAACUAGAUCCAGUUGAUGCAUUCUACUGUGUUUGUUCAACAAUCACAACCCUUGGGUAUGGAGAUCAGAGCUUCUCAACUGAAGUAGGCCGUAUUUUUGCUGGAUUUUGGAUAUUGGCUGGUACUGUUUGUGUAGCUCAGUUUUUUCUCUACAUGGCUGAGCUAAACACAGAGAACAGACGAAGAGCACUAGUUAAAUGGGUUCUUACUCGAAAGAUGACAAAUGUAGAUUUGGAGGCAGCCGAUCUUAAUGAGGAUGGAGUUGUUGAUGCUGCUGAGUUCAUCAUAUAUAAGCUUAAAGAGAUGGGAAAGAUUAGCCAAGAGGAUAUUUCCCUUGUAAUGGAAGAGUUUGAGGAUUUAGACGUUGAUCAGUCGGGAACCUUGUCAGCUUCUGAUUUAAUUCUUGGUCAAUCAACUGAGACAUAGAGAUGAGACCGUGAGAGAUUAUAUAUACUCAAAAGCUUGCACCAGAAGGACAUUGAGAAUUCAUAUGUGAGCUGCUUACCAACUUUUAGUAUCAUCUGAUCCAUCUAUAUAUGUAUGCUGUUUCCUUUGCUUAUAUUUGACAAUUUUUUGACAUGUAAAUGUAAUAAAUCUCUUGCAUAAUGUAUAAAGUUGCCAAGCUUUA